GAGACCCAUCAGCCGUCAUCCAGGGACUAGUCUACCAAAGCAAAACGACAACGGCGUUCGCAUUGUCUGCGUUCUCCGAUGCGCUACAAGACGCGGCGCAGCAUGUUCGGAACCAUUUUCGCAGAGGUUUCGAUCUUGUUUUGCUAAGUUGCCACGAUGGAUGUGAUGCGUCCCCUGCAACAAUAAGGAAGUACAUGAAAGCAACAGUGAAAGGCCUCUGGGCGGUUGGUGGUGGUACUACAUUCCGCGCGCGGCAAUGGGGCAGCACUCAUUAUUUAGUUGGAGACUUCGAGCGAGAAGCUGCGACAUCUGCCCGCGGGGCUGUAGGCUGGAUCGAGUGGGUCUGGACGUGGGCCCCUGUAGAAGAAAUCUCAUCGAAGGCCGACGCAGAAACGC